AGCAGACACACCACCCUCCGCAGCCAUGCCGCCGCCACCGCCGCCUUGGUCACUGCAGGCGUGGGUAACGUAUAUUGCGUUCAUUCUCGCGGCAACGCUUGCCCACUCCUCUGCUUCUACUGCAAUUCUCAGCCCAGACCAGACCACAGCGCUUGUCUCGGUACCAAUCUGCCGCUUCGUUUCACGACCAUGUGUGCGUCUGGCGGAUCGAAAUUCGUCCGAGAUCAUAGCGCCGCUCACUUCCGUGCCGCUUUAUGGGCAGUACGCGAUAUAUUCGCCGCUGACGGAGGCGUCCACGUGCCCAACCAACCACACCACAUGCGUUCCGUCCUCAGCUUAUGUUCCUGCGCUGUCACGACUUCCCAACGGCGCGAUCAACCUCACCUUUUCUCUCUUGGACGCGGACCUAGUGGCGGACUCGUCACUCAUCUUCACGCUGUCCUCGUCGGCGUUUCUUCACGGCCCACCAUGCGGCAGUGGUGUCUGUAAUGCGACAAUGUGGUCGAUCCCUUGUCCGCCGUCCUCAUCGUCGCCGGUUGUCACCUUUGUCAUCUCCAAUGCCACAGGGCUCGUCAAUGUGUCCCGCACCGGGCGCAUCGCUCUGAGCUCCAUGCCGCUCGUCGAUACGGCCGUUGCGCCUGCGUCCAUCGCUGGGUUUGCACCGACAGUGUCGUUUGAAUCCGAUCCAACCUGCAUGCGGCUGAGCAUCUACCUUCCUCGGACCCUCGCCAUCUCGUCCCUGUCGCUGUGCCUUGCCCUCAACUCGCAGCUUUGCCCCUACACUUUGCCGUCGUCGUUUCAAUCGCUGCCGUCAAACGCCACCAAGGCCACGAUCCUCCAGGGCAGCGCGAGUGUGCGCGUCAACCUGACCAACGCGUCCAAUGUGUCAAUGUGCAUGACCCUCGCGUGGGACCCGAGUGACGUGGCAGCGCUGCAAAUUCCGCUCGGGCUGUCUUUGUCCAGCGUGCGCUUGGCCAACUCGUCGACAGGACCGUCAUCGCCGUCGAUGACGUUGGGGUUGCCGUCGUCCAUGCUGUGGACGAUUGAAGGGACCGACGCGCAGUGCGUGCCGAUCGUAUAUCUCGACUCCCCUCGCUCCGCCGACGUCCUUGAGCCCAAGACGCUGUGGACCGUGGUCUCGCUCGUCCUGUACACGUUUGGGGUCGUGCUCGCGUGCUUACUCGUGCGGCUGCAUGGCCUCGCGUUCGUCAAGACGUCAAUGUUCAAUGACAUUGCGCUCGUCUCGGUGCUCCUCGUGUUUCUUUGCUCGUUGUUUUUGCACGUGCUGUGGCUCACGAUCCUUCACCGACUCCCAGGCUCCAGCGGCAUCGAAGCCGGAUUCCUCGUCGCGAUCUUGGAAGGGCUGCGGGAGACCGUUCUCUGGACGUUUCUCGUCUCGAUCUGUGCGCACUGGAUGGUCCUGUCAUGGCCAUUCAUUGCUCGACACCAUCGUGACACCGGGCACGUUGUCGCCGCUUGGUGCGGCGGGCUUGUCGUGCACUUCCUCGUCCUCUUGCUCUACGUCGUUCAGAACUACAACGUGAUGAAAUGCACAUACGUCGACUACCUGCGCAACUCGCACCAACGCCACAGCGACGGCGGUGCCAAGACUGCGACGUCGGUUAAUAGCACCAACUCGACGCUCCAGCUGUGGCUGCCGCUGCUCCAGCCCGCCGACUGGAAGUACGGCGUCGAAAAGGUGUGUGUCGACAGCGGAGGCGGUUUCCUCUACACGUUUGCCCCGCUGCACAUCUUGCCGUUGGGUGUGCUCAUGCUGCUACUACGCCUCGGGUGUUCGCGGCUGCAAUGGCGCCAGUCGAAAACCCCGUUGUAUGGGAGCGACCACGUGCCCCUAACAGCGUCCGAGUCGCACAACAGCGUCAUGCCGCCGCGAGUGUCCCCAACGACGCCGCAUCCCCACCAGCCGCUGCACCGCGGAAUCGCCAAGGACUGGAUGCUAACUGGAACGAGUGCCACGAUCAUGGUCGCCCUCGUCACAACUCUAGGGCUGCACCACGGUCUCACGCUGUACUUGUACGCCACAAACCAGCAUAUGCCCGCGCUCGUGUGGCUUGUCGUUGGUGAAUACCUCCCCAUGUUGGUGCCGACGCUCGGCUACUUGGCCCUUCAGUGGACUGCGCAAGACAUGCCAUCCCCCAUGCCGUUGGACCGCCAAUCCAGUCGAUUGCCGCAUCAUCGUACUCCGCCACACCCGUCGAAGCGGUACAAUCGCAUCGGCUUGGAUCAAAUUGACGACGGCGAAGAUCAAGGUCUCUUGCCCCUGACACCAUCGCCAACGUCGGCAUCCGCUGUGCCAUUUGGUGAGCGCCAUCCUACGCUAGCACACCUCAACGUCACCAUGGAGAAAUCCCUCGAUCAACACCCAGUGAUCGUCCAGUUGUUUGUGUCGCACGUGAGCGAUCUGCAUUCGUGGACACCAGUCGGCGAGGCAUUGAAUGGCCAGGAGCAGCCGACGCGCCAUGUGACUACGCCGUGGCGACCCCACGCGCGGCUUCGCUGUGUCGUGGCAACGCCAUCUUCGACAGGGGAACGAAUCGUCGAUUCUGAAUGGGCCAUGGACAGCCUCUUGCACACUGGCCGCCUCCUUGUCCAAGCGCCUUCGUCGGUUGAGACGGACGCGGUGAUGCCGAACGAAGAAGCGUCUUCGUCGCCGCCCUGGCUCGUGUCGAUCUCGCUUGACCGCUUGGAAAAUACCAUCUCGAAACCACUCGCCAUUGCGUUGACGACCAACGACGAGAGCACUCUCCAAGUGACCGAAGUGCUCCGAGAAAGCCCGUGGUCGACAGUUGCCGCGAUCGCGUAUGUGCAGACGGUAGUGCCUGCAGUCCAAAGCAUGGCAGAGCAAGCGGCCGCCGACCUCGCCGCGUUUGACGCGGCACAUGGCCGAACCAGGACGGUCCUUCCAAUCGACCAGAUCCAGGAAGCAGCAGAGGCUGACAAGGUACGGUCCUGGCUCGUCCAGCGACACCAGAAACGAAUGGCGUACGCGACCAUGUUGACUACCGAGUGUUUGCCAGCCAUGGCCGACCGCCGCGAUACCGGUGCGUGGGCGAAACUCACGAUCGAUGCCAAGUCCAGCGCCCUGAGGUACUUGGUUUUGAACAUGCAUGUGCAUGAGCUCCACGUCGAAACUGGUGGCGCCAAGCCGCGGGUGUACUCGACGCUCACGUCGGGGGUGCUGGCCAGCCACUCGGCCACGAAGCUGCCUCCGUUGUCAUGCGCUGUCGACGACGACGGUCCGUCGCUGUGGCCGGCGCACGUGCGGUACACGGACGAGGCUGCGUGGUCGGCAUGGAUGCGGGAAACGGAAGCAAAUGGCCAAGCGCUGGCAACGCUGGUGACGGCCGUGGUCGACCAGAUGAACAAGUCGGGCAUUGUAUCGACGUGGGUCGAAUGGGUCGUCAGAAAGUCGUUUGUUUUGCACAUGGAGAGUUUGUUGUCGGACUAUGGGAAGGAGCGGCACAUGCUCCACGACUGCGCGGCUGCGAUGGAGUGGCUCCAGACGCAUGUGACUCUGGGCGUCCAACUCGACGAAGACCCCGAUGCCACCGACGUUGUCGUCAACAUCAAGCUGUACCCAUCGCUCCACGACUCCGCGGUUAGGACCGACGACAGCGUCGUGGCUCGACUUGGUGCCACGAAAGUGCAUGUGGUGCUGUGUGUGGCUCAGCGGCACUGGCCCAGCACCGCCCACCUCGACGACGUUGUCGCAGUCACUGCUUUGCUCUUCACGCAAGGAAUCAAUGAAGCCCAGACACUGGCGAACAAGACGGGUGGGUUGUUUAAAGAGACUUUUCCAGACGCUGUCAACCAGCGCAGCCUCGACCGCCUCGCUGCAUGCGUGGAAUCGAACGCCGGACGGCUGAUUCCAGAAUGCGCCGUGGUGGUCCGAUCGAAGCUGGCGUCGCUGACGCAAAGCAUCCUUCAAGCCAAACGAGAACGCGUCAAGAAGAAGCACCCAGAGAUUCUCCAAGUGGCAGCACACAUCACGCGGCUGAUGGGAGGCGGCCGCAUCACGGUUUGUGCAACGGGGAAAGAGCGCACGGCCAUGGCCGUUACGCUGGAGCACGGCUGGCUCCUCGGACACUUCCAUCAUGUGCCAGCGCCGAGUGUCCGUCGCGCGAUUGCGUCCAUGCGCAGCGACGGCGUUCGUCUCGACGUCCUCGAAAAGAACGGCGGCAAGCGACAGUACUCGUUCAGUGCCUUGCAGCGGUCGAUGGUGCCAGAGGCUUAUCGAUGCCCCGAAGGCACAUACGACAGCACCAUCGCCUAAACCGUGAAAUAUUUAUUCUACCAUCAUUA